AUGGCGGUCGCAAAACAGCCUGAAAGCAACGAUCAUAUUUAAUUUCCAAGUGAACGAAUAGCUGUACUACCAAUCCAGAUGAACCGGAUAAAAAGUCAAACGUAAUGUGGCAGUUUACGAGCGAAAUAAGGAUUCGUAUGGACCUGUUAUGGAGAGGUUUUGCCGUGUUAGUUGUUUUGUUUGCGGCGAAAUUGGACGCAACCAGUUCAAGCUCUGUUCUUAGUUCAGGCUUCGCUUCAAGUGUGUUGCCAAGUAUAUCGUCGAGUACGCUGUUCACAAGAAUCCAAAGUAUAUCAUCUAGGACAAAUGGUGGUGUUUCGACAGCAGAAUUAUCAUCAACAUAUGCAAAUAAUGCCACUUCACCUGUGGAACUGGCUAGUAAUGCCACUUCAAGUUUGCUGUCCAGCAACAGCAUUACAAAAACAGAGACUUCAGCUUUGUCCAUUUCAGGAACAAGGACGUUCAAUAGUCAAGGAACAACAGUUUCUUUAAUAAGUUCCCAAAAUGUUGGUGUUAGUCAAACUAGCACUGAUGUUGUCUUGAGUACUGUUAGUUCAAAUCAUUCUAUAAAUACUUCAUCAGUAUCUUCCUCAUUUCUUAAUCUAAAAAGUUCAAGCGCUUUUAUAUUAAGUAACACGAGGACAUCAGCUUCCUCAUCUCAACAACUGCAAACAUCUGACAUGUCUCCUUCAUUGCAGCAGGGUAGUACAUCAACAUCCAUGUCAUAUCUGACCUCUGUUGUUUCUUCAGCAGCGAACCUAUCAAAUGUUGUUAGCGCUACAAGAACGUUGUUGUCGACACACUCAUCAUCUGCAAUAGGAAAAUCAAUUUCUAGUCAAAGCCAGCCGUCUCACACAUUGACUGUUAAUGGUUCUUCAACAGAAUUGCCCAGUCCAUCAAUAGCAGGAUCAUCGUCUCCUCAACUGGUGAACUCUCUUAUGGUUUCAUCAAGUUCAAUUGCCAUAGCAACAAACAGAACAUUGGCAACAAGUCCCUUAACUAGUAACAUGUUAACUAAUGCUUCAAAAACUGCCACUGAAAGCUUUUCAACUCGUACAAUCUUAGCAAGUACAACUGCAAAAUCUGUCACAGAAAGUGAAAUGUUUAGUGCAGGUGAUUCUGUUGCAUUGACUUUGAAUUCCAGUGCUCAGACAGUUAAUGCUACUGUAAUGCCAACAACUGUCUUACCUAUAAAGACGACAAUAUCUGCCACACAUACUGGUGAUUCUACACUUCUAUCAGCGUUGCAAAGCAGUAGCUCUACUGUGAAUUUUGCCGGCCAAUCUUCGUCAUUUUCAAGCUCAAUGGGACUCGUCAGCCAAACAAGAUCUGUUACCAACUCAUCAGCUGUCUCACCUUCAAGUGUUCCAAGUCUUAAUGAAACUGCAGUGAAAACAUCUGGCUUGUUGCCAUCUGCUACUGUUCCUUCACAAACUUCAUCAGCACCUAAUUUAAGUUCAGUUGGUGUAGGACUUGAAUCCUCCGUAACUACAGCUGUAGGUGAAGGAUCAAGUGUCAUGGUCUCCCAAAAUACCACAAUUCAAUCAACAUCAGCCACAGUGUCAAGUAUUGGAGUUUUGUCUCCCAUAGCAACAACCUCAGGGAAAGAAUCAACCCUAGUGUCAAGUGCGUUAGCAGUAUCAUCAAGUCAGCUGGUAUUACCAGUGGCUUCUUCAAGCUCAGUAACAGAAGGAAUCAUAUCACCCACGCCAACAGCUAUGGGCGAAAGUCCAAGCUCAGCACCAUCUGUGGCAUCAUCAAGAUUGUUGUUCUCAAGAUCUAGUCGAUCAAGCUUGACUGGUGGAUUCACUCUCACAUUGGAAACAGUAAUGCCCUCCAGGUCAUCUGUAGAAACAGUGACAUCUGCAGCGGCAUCUGUCACUCCAAGCAAGACAUCUACAGAUGAAGGGUUUAUAGUUACUUCUUAUUCUACUCCUUGUUACAUCUAUUAUGUGGUGGAAAAGACUGUUUUUCCUGUGGCAACUGCUAAUCACAGUGCAGCUUUAUCAACAUCAACCACCCCUAAGAUAACGUUAGACAUUGCAAGUGCUUCCAGAAUGCAGUCAGGAUUGCCUUCAGUGACAUUAACACAUACCAUUUCCAUGCCAACCCAAGCUAGUGAAACACAGAGCCAGGUGGUUGGUUCAGCUGUUGCACUAACAUCCUCAACCGGCGUGGUGGGAGUCUCGGCAGACAGUAGCUUGAUCACACCCCCAUCAACAUUGAAACGCGAGUCAAGUAAAGUAUCUCUUUUGUCAUCUGAAGCAGUCACAAAGGCGAUGGUUACAGCCACGAGUACAGUUGUACAGACAGGCAGUCUGAGUGUAGCAUCUGUGAUGCCGUCUAUGUCCAGUAGUAUCGUAGGCAACAGAAGGAAUACCAGUGAUGUCAGUACAUUUCAAACAGGCAUACUUUCAACUAAAGUGCAAUCUACACCAUCACUGUCUGGUACAUUAGCCAUUCCUCGUGUCACCUCCUCAGUGUUGGAAUUGCAGAGUACAUCCCUGACAAGCAAGGCUUCGGUCUCUAGUACAAUGACUUUGUCUGAUAGCUUCACCCCAAUAGUUGGCAGUGCUAGUAUUUCAAAGAUGCAGAAUGUGACCACACCUUCUAUCACUGCUACUUCGUCAUCAAUUAUUACACAAGCCACCACUAAACAUGAGAGUCUUCAAUCCACUCCUAGAAGUUCUUCUGUUAUGUCUAGAAGCUCAGCUGAGUCGACGGCAUUUGUCUCCACUCUUGCCGAAUCGCUUCCUUCUCAAAGUGUCAGUUCUACUGAGGCUGUUAGCUCAGUCUCGCUAGUCAUCUCCAGUGAUAGCAAACCAGUAACCACACAAUCCCCUAGUGGAUCUAUUUUGCCAACAAAGAGUGCAAGUAUCGUCCAAACCAGCGCUUCAUCUGAGACACUAACAAUAAUCCUUUCUGGAACUUCAAGUGAAAGUCAUGUUGUGACAAGUUCAUCACAAUUUACAAAUGCUUUGGAAUCUUCCGAUGUGUCAAUGAUGAAUAGCACAAGAAUCUCUUUGAUGUCAUCUGCGACCACGAGUAGAAAUCUUUCUUUUGCUGCUGACAAAACUGUGACAAGUAGUAUUUCCUCUCCUUCUGUAUUACUGAGCUCAAUGACAACAGUAAGUCAAGACAGAACUUUUACAGCGGUGUCUUCACAAGUGAGUUUGGGUGGUACUGAAACAACCAAAGCUAGCGCCUCAGUUGAAAGUGUUAUUCAUUCACAGAACUCUUCUGUUGUCCAGUCCAAUACGAUGGCACUAGUGGAUUCGUCCGCUUCUAGUGCGGAGAAAGUCUCAUCCACAAACAUUCAGGCAUCACCGAGUGCUAGUCUAGCAAUGUUGACACCAUCAACAGUAGUAUCCAAAGGGAGUGUUGUGAGUUCUCAGAAUGGAAGCCCAACUAGCACCAGAACCCAAGUUGCUGAGUUAAGUUCAUUUUCACAAGCAGAGAACAAAACGUCUGCUUCCAGCGCACAGUCGUUCUCAUCUUCCAGUAUCCAUAUGCCGUCUAGUGUGAGUACUAGCGUUGGAGAACCUCACUCAUCAAUGGUACUGUCUUUGUCUGUAACACCAUCUCAAACAGGUGUGGGUAGUGCUCAAGCUAGCAGCAGUAUUCACGUUGCUCUGUCAAGUUCAUUUUCACAGGCAGACAGUAGAUCGUCUGCUGUGGGAAACCUAUCAUCAUCUCCGUCUUCAAUGGUGGCCUCGUCAUCCGGAUCAUUACCUAGUAAAAGGCGCCGAAAGAAACGAGCAGUUGGUGAUACAAACAGCACAACUUCAGUUGUUCAUUCUUCAACACUUGCCUUGCUAACAAGUUUAUCUUUUUCAAUGCCGCAGGGAAACUCCACUUCAAUUGUUGUGCGUCCUUCAGGUUUACUGAGCACCAGCUCUGCUUCAGAACCAAUGCUCACUGUUGAUACCACGGGUGUUUCAUCGGCAGUUGUUAUGGCAACAGGGAGCGCAACAAGCAGUUUUCAUUUAUUACCGUCGCAACAAGCUAACGUCACAAGGAGUCAUACUGGUUCUGUUGCACAAAGCCCAUCAUCAGCUACCUUACAUGUGGACCUAACGCCUGGUGGAACUCGUACGCAGUCUCAUAGUGUGCUUAUGUCAUCUUCAGGCAAGGAAAGCUCCGUAUUACAAGCGUCAGAAGCUGUUAAAAGCACGACUGCCCAUGUUAAUUUGUCUGAAACAAAUGUUGUGGGUACAAUGACGCCAUCACCAACUAGUGUUGUGCUCAGCACCAAGGUUACAUCACCUUCUUCAUUAUCACGUGGCAUAGUGACGUCCUCUGUGGCGUUGGGUAACAGUACUUCAACUUUACCUCAGUCAGUUGUAAGUGAGUCAUCAAGGGUACAAAGCUCUUCAGUGGCUGUUGUAAUCUCGUCUUCGUUUGUGGAUAAUGGGACUUUACCUUCAACAUCCUCCUCGGACCUGGAACCAUCCGCAUCGGCAGUGCUUGGAAAUAGCACUUCAACUUUACCUCAUGCAGUUUCAAGUGUGCCGUCAAGUGUAAAGAGCCCCUCUUCAGAUGUGGUCGUGUCAUUCACAUUUGUUGAUAAUAGAAAGUCACCUUCAACAUCUUCCCAAGAUUUGAUGUCAUCGUCUGCUAUUUUGAGUGACAGUGCUUCAAGUUUGGCUCAAUCCACCACAAGCAUGAACCAGGCAUCUACAUUGAUAAGAAGUGCAAGUGUAACAGCAUCCACCUCACGUCGUUUACCAGAUAUGAGUUCCUCUUUUGUGGUUGUCGUUCCUUCUCCAUCUUCAGUCUCGUCAAGUGUCAAUCAGCCACCUGGUGAAUCAAGCAUAUCUGUUCUUUCUUCAUCUCCACAACAAACUAACAUUAGAAGUGUUACUUCUUCAUCAACCGUUAGUAGCUCUCCUUUAGCAAGUAUUUCUGUGGUGUCAACUACUCUGCAUGGCUCCAGUGAGAUCACAAGUUCACCAAGUCCUUCAUCGUCGGCCCCAUUGUCAAGCCCAACCACCGAUCAAUCGAGUCAGGCAGUUUCAAGUUCUGUACUAACUCGACCAUCACCCUCAGCCGUACAAACCAGCGAGGUACAACAGACUGCAGUCAGUUCAUCUGUGGAAGUGUCUUCAAGCUCUCGUGUUUAUCGACCUCCUCUAGUGACCAUCUCAAGUCUCGGAAUCUGCUAUGUUGUGUACACCACCAGGAUUGUGCAGCCCAGUUUGGUAUCCACACCUCCGGUCAACAUGUCUUCUACAGCUUCCAUUAUCGUGUCAUCCACAGUUUCAGUUAACGCAUCAUCGACGACUUUAGUUAACGCGAGCUCCACACGUGUAUUGUCAAUUGUAACGCAGUCAUUGAAUACCACUGUCAUUCAAGUGUCACCAUCGGCAGCACUGAAUACCAGCUCAGUAGUUGUACAGCCUACCCUUGACGUUAAUACCACACGGUCACAGUUUUCCCAAGUUUUGUCUACUGCAUUGCAGGUAAAUGUCACGGUAAAGCCAAGUGCGAGCUCUUCCAUUGUCAUAAUCAGCUCAACUAUACCUGUGGUUAACUCGACCACUUCGCGUCCAGUUAUGGUAUCAUCGACACUUAUAGUCAGGUCAACUGAAAUGACUGAAAGUCAAAGCCUAAGUGUUUCCUCAUCAAGGAUUCAAAAGUCAUUUAGCAGCAUUGCGGUCACUGCAGUGCCUAGUGUGAAAGACACAUCUUUAUCUACGUCCGCUCGUGUGCCGUCUACGCAAAUACCCACUAGUCAAGUGAUUUCGCCAACAGCAACAGUUUCCAAAGAGGUAUCAAGUUCUGUGACUGUCCCUCCAACCCAACCUCCAGAUCCUUCUCUAUUAAUAGAAGCAAUCUUUAAAGUGCCUACAGAUACAGAUAUCCAGUCGGAGAAAUUUAAAGCAGACCUGGAAGAAAGGCUCGCAAAUGCUUAUCGCUUUGCCCAGUUGUCUCGUAGAAGGAGGAAGAGAGCGACACCAGAAAUCAAUGCAACUAUUGACACCAUAAAGCUUUUAAACAAUGAAGGAGACGUAAAUGUGACAUUUUUUAUCACGCAAGAUGGUCAACGCGUGCCAGCCCCCGAAGCUGCUCAAAACUACCAGAAGUUAUCCAAAGCCCAGCUGGGAUCGCUCAUAAAUUUAGAAGUUGUCAGCUUACCAGAAGCACUGGUUGUGCCAACAACCCCACCGCUUCCAGCAAAUGUACUGGUGUCCUUGCUAAUCCGGGACUCGGCCAGUAACAACGUCUCCAUUGCAGAAAAUAAGAAGAGACUGGAAGACAAUCUGGCUGCGUAUUACAAGGACCAGAAGCAGCUUACAGCCACAGUAACAGCCAGUAUCAAUACCAUCCUUCAUGAACCGAACGAAAUUGUGUACCUGGAGUUUUAUAUCUCCGUUGGCGACCAGGCAGUAAACGCGAGCGAUGUCGUGGAAACGUUCAAAGUUCCCAACCUCAACCUGCUCACUGCAGAGCUUAAAGUUCAGGUUUUAGUCCAGGUUUAUAUCCCAGACUCCCUAACGGCCUCGGAAGCUGAUAACGUCAUCAUAGGGAUCAGUGUACCAGAAAAUCAGGAUCUAACUAACGCCACGUUCAGAAGCGACUUAGCGGACAAACUUGUCGAGUUGUACCAGAAAGCCAAAGACCAGAGAAACUCACGUAGGAAGAAGCGAAGUGGAAGUACUAGGGUGACUAUUGAGGACAUUGUCAGAAAAACAGACUCUAGCGUGUCGGAGGCUGACGUUACCUUCUUCGUGUAUGAUGCAGGAAAAGUGGCGAAUGCCAGUUAUGUGGUAUCGAUUAUGAAUCGACUCAGCACCAGUGAAAUGACCACAGUUACCAGUCCUUACGCGGUUCUUUCCGCGCCAAGACAAGCAUUCGUGCCAACAGUUCCGACAGAAUUGACGCCAACUGUUGCUGCAACGCCGAUCAAGUGGUGGAUUAUUCCAGCGGUUAUCGGCCCGAUCAUACUCAUCAUCGUUAUCAUAUUGCUGAUUUGGUGGCGAUGGAAGAAAGGUGCUCCGAAAUCUAAGGUCGAGCCAGACACGAUUAGAAUGUUGGAAACUAACAAGAGAAAGCCGGUUCAAGGGUUUGACGUAGCUCGCUACACCGAGCCAGGAGUGUCAGGUACGAAGACAACAGCUUUCAUGUCCAGAUCCCCUCCCUCCGUUAAUGAUGAUGAAGAAGCAGCUCCUUUACCAGUGAAGCGCGAGACAUCACUGCGAAGGAAGGUUCAAAAGAGACCAAUACAGAAACCUCCCGUCAGAGAACAGAGACAGGAAAAUCCCGCAUACGAUGAAGAAGAAGAAGAGGAAGAAGGAGACGAGGACGAAAGCGUGGUAUCUGUCACUCCUCCGAGAAGUACAGAGGCGUUAACAAGGGAGAGAAUCACUGCAAAACCACCAGCAGCCUCUAGGAAGACUCCUGCCAAGCCACAAAGACCUGUGGAGCCGUCCGAACUUGACAGCGAAGAAGACAGUGAGCUCUCCGAGGGCGAAUCCGAGUCUGAACCCGAAAGUAUACCACGACCUGAACAGACUAGACAUUCAGCAGCUCAAGUGCCCACUGUUGCUGUUAUGAGCGAGGCUAGUGGUCCCCCACGGUACCCCCCUGUGCGGUUCCGCUCAUCGGUGCAUCCAGCGCCAAGCCUACCCCCCUUAAAUGCGAAGCAGACAUCUCUCGUUGGAGUGAAAGUAGAGCCACCUUCUGAAGAUGACUCAACACGAGGCCGGAGAAAAGGAAAAGCUACAAAGAGAGAGUUGGAGCAGAGAGCGGACCUUGAACGACAGAAGAAUAAACAGCGACUGCGUGACAGAAAGCGCAAUGCUUCUCACCGCCUAGGUUAUCCUGUUCCAGCCGAAAGGAGAGCCUGGCGCAGAGCUCAGCACGAUUUUGACGAUGUUCUCGAAGAGGAAGAUGCUGAGCGAGUGAUUACAGGGAAGAAGCGAAAGCCCCGAAGAAGGCGUCCUCCAAGCAGCUCCGUGGCUACAGACGAAGAAGGAGUGCCACACCUCAAGAGCUAUCGUAAACUCAAGAGUCCAAAAACCGCGUCUUCAACUAGCACACGGGACCGUGACAAGAAACGCGAUAAAUCUGAUACGGUUUCCAACGCUUCCAGCGACGAAUCCGAAAUUGACAUGGAUGAAACACGUCGACGAAUGCAUGCAAUGCUAGAUGACGCGUUCUCCUUGUUUGGACCACAAUUCUCAAAGAAAUUUGACAAAGAACCCGAGGGACAACCCGCACCGUAUCCCGCGGCGCAUCCCGAGGCGCAUCCCGAGGGAUACCCUACGACUCCUGUUCGGCAGGCCGUUAUUCCAAGGUACAUUGGAGGUCAGCCUGCCUUGCCAGAACCACCCCCGGCGCAUGGCCGAGCUACUGAACCAACACCACGACAACGCAGGCGCGUUCAGCCGACAAUGCCUGGCUACCCAGUAGGAAUGCCUCAAACUCCUUUAGGCAUGCCAGGUUACCCAGGCCGUCCCCCUGCGAGACCGAUUGUCACGCGUGAUCCGAUUGUGGUCUGGGAUCCAGCAGACAGACAACGGAUUUUAAACCAGCGGGCGCCACCUCCAACGUAUUCGUACAAAGAUCCCAGUGGUCAGAAUGUAUAUAUAACACCGGUACAACAGCAAAGAGAUGAUAUGGGUGGCCUGGUCUGGAGCCCGUAUGCUGCUGAAGACUCCAUGGAUACUCUUUACCCUGAUUUGGCUCAAGCAAGUUAUCCAGGAGCUCUAAGCACCAGUCCUCCGAAGGACACCAGUUUUCUGUCUCAUCUUCAAGCCGCGCCACCUCACGACACAGUGUUAAACAUGUCAGCCAGCGGUACUCUUGACCAGCGGGGAGCAUCGUUAGGACAAUCGCCACAACCUCUCAUCAAAUCUAUAAAAGACGAACUUUUCAGAUUGUCCCAAGGAUCCUCCAGAAAAACACCCAUCACUGAGCUAUAGCAGUCGUUUUAGAAUUUAUAAUUGUAUAUUUAAAUGAAAAAUAUUUUUAAAAUUCGGAAAAGGAAUUUGUACGAAAAAAAAAAAUUGGUGUUUUCUUGUAUUUAUAAAUUCUGAGUUGAAAAUUGGGCCCAGUUUUUGUCACCUGGGUUAGAUUUGUCACAAUUCUAAUGAAGUCGUGACUCACAUGAUUAGCUUAAACACAGAUGUAGGCGUACCAACGCAAGCAUGAUUAUAAGACAUAUAGGAAUAAAUAGUUGCAAGUUCACGUACAAACAUAAACUCUACCACAAGAAAAGAACGUCUUUCGUCUUUCUUGUAUUUAUAGAACGGCGUAUCUCGAGUAAAAAUUAACGUCGUUGCUCAACACGUUUAUUAUACGAUAACAUGCUAAUAGAGAUAUAAAUGAUAAAUAUGUUUUAGCCAAAAAUUAUUAAAUUGAAAUGGUGUAAAUAGUCCUUUAAGAAUACAACUCACGUCUUUGCAUUUGUCUUAAAAAACAGCCAUUCCUAGAGUUGAAGAAAAAUAUCUUUAAGAAGAGCAGAAUUUUUUCGCCCUACGAUUGUAAAAUGAACCUUUGACGGUCUUCGGUCUUUAUCGGUUGUGUGUAAGUUUCUAUAAUUAAUUUACCAACUGAUUCAAAUGAAAUCGUUUUGAAGUAAAAUAAGUUGCGAAAUGACUAUUUUACUAGUUUAACAAAGAUGACUAUUUUACACUAUUUAUGUUUAUGUAAAGGAAAAGAAGACUUUCAAGCUGUGUGCGAUAGGAAACAUUAAAAGCAAUUACAAAAGAAA